AUGCCCGUCACCUACUCACACCAAGUGGCUAAUGCCCGCCUGGCCUCCUUCUCUCGCCUGCUGCUGUGCUGGCGAGGCAGCAUCUACAAGCUGCUCUACGGAUUCCUCAUCUUCCUGCUCAGCUGCUACACUAUCCGCUUCAUUUACGGGUGCAGGCGGGGGGCCGGGGUGGGCCUGGGAGGUGCAGCUGAGGCCUCCAGCACCGUGGCAGAGCAGCUCACCAACCCGUUUGGAGAAGAUGACGAUGACUUUGAGACCAGCCUGAUUAUGGCCAGGAGCUUGCAGGCGUCCCUGUUGGCCGUGGACGAGAUGCACCAGGACCUGCCCCUAGUGGAGCGGGGCCUGUCCUGGAACGACCCGGAGCCACAAGCCCCCCCCCCCCCCCCCCCCGACACGGCCGCUUCUGCCCAGUCUCGCCGACCCUUUUUUGGCUCCACCUUCAGUGUCAGUCUGCACCAGGAAGAGACGGAGUUCCAGCCCAGCCAGGGGGGCAGGGGGGCGGGCGCGCACCCUGGCACCCUCGGCCGCCUCCUGGGGCUGCAGUCCCACCACCCCCCCAGCAGGACGAGCUCGAAGACCAAGCGACUGCUGCCCACGAAGGAAGGCCUCCUCCCUGAGGGCCAGCCCGAGCACCUCAGGGGUGCCAGGAAGCGCCCCGGGGACCACGACAGCGAGGCCUGAAAGAUGAGGGGGGAGGCGGCCUUUAAGUCCGCGGCGCUGUAUGGGAGGUCGGGCUACCACAGUGCCCCCCAGACGCCGCGCAGCUCCACCCCCAUGGUGUUCCCACUCGACAACAUUGUCAAAGACCAGAGCCCGCAGCCUGUGACACCAGGGGCCAGGAGGAGCUUGGAGCUGCUCCCGGAAUUGUCACAGCAAGAGGAAAACUGUCGCGUCUCACCUGUCAGCGGCCCGAGAGCCGUCUCCGAGAUCCACAUAGACAAGCAGCAUACACACGACACUCACAGACCACGACCUCUGCUGGGCCUCGGAAAACAGAUUGAGAAGUUGUAG